AUGGGCUCAGAAGUUUAUGUUGAUCCAAAUUCAAACUGCGCAGGAAACAAUGGAUGUGGUAGUUACAAAAAUCCAUAUCCUGAUAUUCAAACAGCACUUGACUUUAACAAAGAUCAAUCAUCACUUGUUAUUAUUGCAAUGCCAGGAACUUAUAGAGGACCAAACAAUAAAGAGUUGUUAAUCAAUUUUAAUGUUGAAAUAAGAUCUGAAGGAGGAUAUUCAGCUACAAUAAUUGAUUGUGAGAAUGCUGGUAGCGCCUUUACUAUUCAAUUCUCAAAUAGCUUCAUUUUGAGUGGAUUUACAAUCACCAAUUGCAAUUCUCAAACAGGAGGUGCAAUUUCAGCAACUGACUCCAAUGUUAAUGUUAAAGAAUCAAAAUUCAUUAACAACAAAGGAUAUCAAGGUGGUGCUAUAUAUCUAGAUAAAACAAAUUUCAAUUUGGAAAAUUCAUUUAUCAGCAAGAAUCAAGCAUUAGAUAAAGGUGCCGCAAUCUAUAUAUCAGAUUCUUCAUCAAAUAUUCUUUCAACAGAGAUAAAAUGCAACACUGGAAAUGAAAUACAAUUGAUUGGAACUUCAAUGAUGUUGUUUUCAACUGAUCUCUCAAAGGUUGCUGUGAAUUGUGAUGAUUCAUCAUCAAUUGAUUCUGACAAUGGUGCUUCAUAUUGUUCAUUAUCAAACAAUCAACAAUGCACCCUAGAACCAAAUUCAGCAAUUCAGAAGGAUUUAACCGGUUCAUCGAGUGACUCAAGUAGUGAAUCUGAUUUCCUUUCAAUUCAACCUGGAUGGAAGUUUAGAUCAUUCCAAUCAUGUAUCAUUCCAGAACCAACUCAAUUCCAGGGUGAUAUAAUAAUACCAAGUGAAUGUGGAGUGAUACCAACAAAUUAUUUAAUUAAUCCUGAAUUCAGCAAUUGGAUUAGAUCAGCAAAAUGUCCAGUUUCAGGUAUUUUAGAAUCAGAUAUUCAAAUCAACAAAACAAUUGAUUAUGAUUUCAAAUUGGAAGCAACCAAUCUUGGAGUUGUUGUUUAUGUUGAUAAUACAGUUCUUUUUGAUUCAUACUUUUCAAAUGAAAAGAUCAAAUCAUUCAGAACCAAACUGUUAUCAUCGAAACAAGAAUAUCAUUCAGUCACAAUUUUGAUAUUCUCAGCAUCGAGUGGUCAAAGAUCUUUAAGUUUGAAAUGGAAGAGUUCUGAUUCUGGUGAAUAUCAAUCAUUGAAUUCAUAUUUGAUUUUAGAAGAGUCAAAACCAGCACCAAUAUGUGGUGAUAAGAUUUGUAAUGAAGCUCCUGAAAGUUGUUUAUUGGAUUGUUUUGAUCAAAUCGUCAAUGAUUGUUCAGGACAAGCACCACCAAUUGGUAUGCCAAAUAAAUUCAAAGGAGGAAUGUCAAACAUUCAAACUCAAAUUUUAGACAAUUAUUACCUUUUCACAUUGCCAGGAUUGAAUUAUAUGGGCCAUGGAGUUGAUCUCGAAACAAUGGAAGAUAAUGCAGCACCUUUAUUCUCGAUUUCAUAUUGCAGCAAUCAAUCAUUUUCAACAUUGGAAGAUCAAUAUCGUGAUAUGGUUUAUACAAUUCCACAUGGAUUCUCUGCUCAGAAAUCAAUCAAAUGUGAUUAUUCAACAAUGAGUAGUUUCUCAUCAACUGCAAAAUCAUUUUCUUAUAAGAAGGGUAUAAAUGCCGGAAUUCAUACCGAAGCCCAUUUAGAAAUGGAUUAUUGGUUGGUUGAAGCAUCACUCCAAUUGGCAUUUUCAUUGGAUUUUGGUAUGCAAUUUGCAGGAGGUUAUGAUUCAACAGUUUCUGGAUCGAUUGCAUCAACCAAAUUCCAAUGUGAAAUCUAUAAAGCACACAAUAAUGAUCCGAAAUUCCAUCCGAAAUUCAUCCAAGACAUUUCAAAAGUCAAAAGUGUUGAUGAUAUGAUGGUUGUUGUUAAGAAAUAUGGAAUCUUUUACAAAGAAACCGCAACUCUUGGUGGAACUCUUGAACAAGUUUCAAAAGUCAGUCAAGUCAACUUUGCAUCAAGAUCAUCAAAUUCACUUGAUAUCAAUCUUGCAUUGUCUUUUGCAGCACAAGCAUCUGGAUUUGGAAUGAAAGGUGGGGGUUCAUUUGAAGGAUAUUUUGAUUAUUCAUCAAGUGAGUCCAAACAAAAUGGAUUUGAACAAUCAUCAAGUUUCUCUCGAAUCAUUGUUAAAGGAGGAGCUGCUGGAUCUUAUGGUGCUAAUGUCAACAAUCCAAUCAAAUCAUGGGCUGAUAAUCUCGAUCUUCUUCCAAUGCCAAUCGAUUACAAAGUUAAAUAUGUUGUUGAUAUCAUUCCUGACGCAUGGCAGAUCAAAAGUGGAUCGAAUGUCAAACAACUUUGGAGAGAUGCUCAAAGAAAAUUAUAUGUUGGCAAAUUCAAAUCCAUCCAAAAUACUCUUUAUUCAGGAAUCACAGUAUCUAAAGGUAGUUUUGAAAAUAAAAAUGCUUUCUCUUCCGUGUCCACGUGCAGAUAUCUUGGAUCCAAUGGAAAUUACUAUGAUUUUGGAGAGUUUAUUAAAUACCAAAAUGAAUACUAUAAAACAAACUUUCCUCUAAACCAAGAUGAAAAAUAUGAUAUUUAUUUCAACUUAUGUGGAAAUGUUUCAUUGUGUGAUAAUUUGCUUGGAUAUACCAACAACCAAGCAUGUAUGAUAGAAAGCACUAAGAACAAUUCUCUUGGGUCAGGAACACCUGAGGUAAGAGAGAUACCUAAUGGAUUGUCAUUGCUAUACACAGCUAAUCCUAGUGAUAAAAAAAAAUGUGGGUCCUCGAACAAAAACAGAACGCUUUCUAUAGAACUAUUGUGUGAUCUAACGAUCGAUAUGUCUAUUUCAGACUUAUCAGAAAGCCCAGAAUGCAAAUAUAAACUUACCAUUAAGUCUAAAUAUGCAUGUCCACAAAUUCAUCUCUAUGACGCAUUCACUUCAAGAUUCUAUAGAUUGACACCUGAAACUAUCAUUGGUAGCUCACCUUUUGCAGUUAAAUAUCAACCAUUUGACUAUAAGCCAAAUCAUAUCCAACUCUAUAUAAAGUUAGUAACAAGUGGAGUGCCGAGCAUAAAUGACCAAAUGGUGAUCAGAUUAUAUACACAGUACAAAACCUUUAUUGAAUAUAGAUUGUUUUCAGAAGUAGCAUUCGACCCUCUUUUUAUUUCAUUCGACUCAAAUGAAUACCCUGGAGAGAUCAUUGGAAUGUCAAUUAUUUUAAUUGGUGCCCCUAAUAUUGCUUCUUUCUUUCAUAUGUCAGUUGGUUACGUAUUGGCUAUCCAACAAUGUCCAGACGUCAAUGGAAAGAUUACUAGUGACUGUGUCAGUCCUAAGGUCACCUCCAUUGAGAAAGGAUACUCAAGAGCAUAUGUUUCAGCACCGGGAGACUAUGAUUACAAUUCCGGUAUAAUAUUUGUGCCACUCAAUCCAUUUGGAGUCGGAGAUUCAUCAGCCUACUCAUUUUAUAAAUAA